GACGUGCAAUGAAGCGCGUUCACAUCUGAAGUUAACCAGCUUUCUCAAGCAUUUCAUACUGAUGUCGCGUUCGCCAUGCCGUGCGAGGAAGACUCGUCGCUGCUCUUUCUCAUUGUACAAUAUUUAAAGAUCAAAGGCUUGCGGGCCGCCGCUGACGUGCUGGAGGAACAUGUAAGCCAGGUGGAGAUGUCAAACGUGAGCUUGAACCUACAAGACAUCUACAAAGGAUGGCUGAAGAUGUGCUCGCCACAUGCCGAUCAGCCGGCCAGUGGCUCCGAUGCGCCCAACGAGGUUGAAUCUGAAGUGGGCGCUGACGAGAGACCCCCAGAAGACAACAACACGAAUGCCGAAGCUGUGCUAGGUAAGUUCUGUCUUUUUAUGGUCUCCUUUGUGUUUUGUUUGGGAAGUUUACCUUUCGAUUUAGCCUUGAAGUCAGAAGGCGUGGAAGGCACCAACGGCCAGGCUCACAAUGGCUGCGACUCACUGCAACCUGAAGAGGAAGAACAAACACAACAAGAGCAGCCAGAAGUUGUCAUGGAUGUCAAAGGUGAAACCUCUGGCACGUUGAAGUCGAAUCCCCAUCAAAUAGAGGCCACGCCCAGCCCAAAGGAAGCAACCAAUGAUUGUUCAGACGAUGAUGGCAACACCGGGUCGCAAGAAAACAGAAUUGGCUUGAUUGCUCAAGUAGAAAUGUUUUGUGCCAAUAAGCAACAGGCAGAGGUCGAUGUCCUGCCUGCUGCAGCCGCCGAUGUCACGACUGAGCGCGACAAAGAAGAGGUCGUCAAGGAGGCCAGUGACCUCACCACACAGUUGGAGCGGGAGGACAACCAGACGAGGGUGCUGGAGGCUCCCAAUGAUGGCACAAUGGCUGUGGAGGGGCGAGACCACCUGGACGUCGCCAUCACCCUCAACUUCGAGGUCGGUGAGCCCAACGCUUGUCUCUCUGAAGAAGCUGCAAUUUCCAAGAAGAAGAAAACGAAGAAGAAAAAAACAGCUCCUGAGGAGGAUCAGAAAACGGAGCAGAACAGUCUUCCAAAAAACAAGAAAGGCCAGAAGAGGAAGAAUGAGGAAGAGGAGCAGCAAGAAGUGGGGGAUGGUGAGGGUGCAUCAGUGAAGAAGAAGAAGAAAAAGAGGAGGCGGCGGGAGAAGGGUCGGUGGAAGGAGGAGGUGCCGUCUGAUGGAGUAACGGGGGGCAAUGCAGAGCCACAAAAGAAGCUGACGGCACAAGGUGUCCCUCAGCUCUCCUCCAACCAGAAGCGACAUCGACGCAAGAAGCGAGCCAGGAUGCUAAAGAACUUCCAACAAGAUCCCUGCGGGAAAGACCAGACUUCGCCACCUAAACCCUCCAAACGAGACGUGGAGGAGGACGCCCCAAAGAAGAAGAAGACGACGCAGGAGGAGCCCUCCUCAAAAGAAAACCAGAUUCCUCCCAGCACCACCAAGAAAGACAAGAAUACAGCUGCCAGUGAGGAGGUUGAAGAUGCUGGCAACUCCUUGGAGGACAGGAAAAAGACGACAUCAGCUAAUGAGGAGGCGGUUGAAGAUGUUGGCGACUCCUUCAAGGCUGUGAAGAAGAAGAAGAAGAAGAGAGCAGCCAAUGAGGUUGAAGAUGUGGCGGGAAAUGACUCAUUGGAGAUGAAGAAGAAAAAGAUGGAAGCUGCCCAAUGCUAUGAGACUCCUGAUAGCAGCCACUCAUCUGACAAGAAAAAGAGGAGGAAGAAGGUGAAGGACAAAAUGGCGGAAGGCGGAGACGCUUAACUCACGUUUGUCUUGAAGACCACUACGAUGGACCUGAAAAAGACAAUACAACAAAAACGUUUGUACCUAAAAUGUCACGAUCCUAAACAAUUAAAUCUGUCACACUUUUUUUUUUUUAAAUGUUGACACGUCUUCCAUGUUUCUGUGCUGAGGAAAUAUUUAAGUUCCGUUAGCCUCGAGCUUUGCUAUUUUUGUCGGCUCAUUGACCACUUGUGAUAUAUUUCCUGUGACCAGUUCCAAUCAUUGCAUUAAAGGGUUCAUCCAGCCAUCCA